ACAUCCAUUCAUAUUCGUUUCAGAAAUAUUCACAAAUCCCGAUGUCGAAGACGAACUAAGAAAGCAUUUCGAAGAAUAUUUGCCUUACUUGCUAGAAUACCACGAAUUGGCUUUCAACACUAGCCUUUUCGCUUCUAUGGUAAAGGAUUUUUAUUUCAACGGCAAUGUGACGUUGGGUUUCGGGCAUAACUUGACGGAGAUGUUGACUGAUGCCAUUAUAGCAUGGCCGCAGUUCCUAGUUGCACAAUAUCAAUCGAAACUAGGAAAAUCCAGCAUUUACUUUUCCGUCUUCGCGUACGAAGGCACGUUUUCGUCCACAUUCGGUUCGGACCCGAACCGGUAUACGUCAUCCGACUUUCGGUUAAAAAGUUUGUGUAAUUUGCAUAAAUGUGUCAAAUUAAGUUCAACACAUUUUAUUUGUCCCAAAUGGUCCACCCAAAUUGUUGUAUUAAUUUAAUUUAACACAAGAUAAAAUGUUAGAAAAAAAUACUAAUAUUACGCAAAAAAUUAAAAGAAAAGUGCAACAUUUUGAUACAAUUUGGGAACAAAUUGUGAAAGCAUAUUUUUAAUAUUUUAAUUUUCAGUAAAAUUAAGAUUUA